UAAUUUAACAGUAGUACCAUUUAAAAUGGAAGAACAAGACGCAGAAUCCAUUAUUGAGAAGAUUGUGGAGACCACAGAAAAAGAUAACGAAAAGGAAGAUGACCAUGUUUCAUACUUUUAUAUAAUCCUGUUUUACCUGCUAGGAACUGCAGCCUUUGCACCUCACAACUUUUACAUCACUGCAAAUGAGUAUUGGAUGUAUAAGUUCAGAGAUCCCAGUUUAUACUCUAACGAGACGUAUGUUGAAGAAAAAACAAUUCUUCAGAAGAAUUUUACCGCCAAUGUGAGUAUCGUUAGCAAUGUUUUCAUGAUAUCCUUCUUGGUCCUGCUGUUUCUCCUCUACAAAAGAAUCCCACUUCAGACGAGGAUAAUAGGAAGCAUGAGUAUGUUGCUGGUGCUGUUCGCGAUGACUUUAUUAUUCAUAUUUAUUGACACAGAUUCAUGGCAAACGGUAUUUUUUGUUAUUGCGUUAGCAAUAGGAGGACUACUAAGCGCAUUUUCUGCUGUCCUCUUGAUCUCUCUGUUCCAACUAGCCUCCAGAUUUCCACCUAGAUGUCUGGUGGCCCAGUUCGCAGGUCAAAAUUUGUGUGGUAUAUUGGCAGCCGUCAUUCAGAUCAUAGCAUUGGCCGCUACGCCUUCAGUCCAAGGUACUGCUGCACUCUACUAUGCUAUCGCAACUGGAACUAUAGCGGCUAUUAUGACUUUCUACUUAAUCGUGGUAAACAAGUCAGAAUAUUUCCGAAGUAAGUUGUAUGAGAAGCCAAAGGAAAAACAAGCAGAUGCGAAGAAGAAGCCUAAGUUUGAGUUGGACAUCGUGAAGAGUGUUCUCAGAAAACUGGCGUUACUUGUAGUGGCCUUGGUUUUCGCCAUAGCUAGUACAGGGAUCUUACACCCUGGACUUACUGCUUUAGUAGAGUCUUCUAAUAAGGGAACAAAUGUUUGGAGUGAUACAUAUUUCUUGCCAGUUUGUGUAUAUUUGUUAUUUAAUAUUUUUGAAUUUAUUGGAAGAGAGACUUCAAACCACUUUCCAAAGUUGACCAAUAUCUAUGUCAUUUUUACCACAUCUUCUGUGCGACUUAUCUUUUUACCACUAAUACUGCUAUGCAAUAUCCAGCCUAGGAACCAUCUACCUGUGGUGUUCCAGGAUGAUGCAUAUUUUAUAAUUUUUUUCAUUAUAUUCGCUUUGAGUGGAGGAUAUUUAGCAAAUAUAGGAAUCAUUGCAAUGAAUAAAUACUGCGCACCGGAAGAAAAGUUGGUGGGGACACUAUUCAUAGUGUUGAUUAUGGUCGUAGUUGUUCCAAUAGUCUCAAUUCUUAGUGGAAUGGUCGUUAAUAUAAUUUAAUUUCGUUUGUUGUUUUGUUUAUAAAUAAAUAAAUUAUUUAUUUUCAGUUUA